UGCAACUGCAGUCUGGUUGAGCAGAAGUUGGACUUUUGCUGAAGACAUGGGAAAACGCUACGAGAAUACUACAGCGACGUUCGUGUCUAUGGAUAAAGUGUAGAUAGUCACAAAAUAUCCUGCGUUUGUCCUAUGCAACAACCGAAAGGAAAUAGACAUCCUGCCUUCACUGAUGACAGUCCUGUUAACCACCCAGGAGUAGAUGUCACAAGCUAACCUGAGGGGUGCAACCAUGAUGAAUGACGCCAGUGAGAUGUUGGCCGCAGCCUUGGAGCAAAUGGAUGGAAUCAUAGCAGGUUCCAAGGCCAUUGACUACUCCAACGGCCUGUUCGACUGCCAGUCUCCCACCUCUCCCUUCAUCAGUAGCCUGCGUGCCCUGCACCUCCUGGAGGACCUGCGCGGCGCCCUGGAGCUGAUGGACGCCGACGAGCGGGACAGCCUGCGCUGCCAGGUGUCCGACACCACCGCCGAGGGCCUGACCGAGUGGCUCCAGGGACGCCUGACCAAUGGCCACAGCUCUGUUGGAGGGGAUCUUGUCUACCAGGAGCGUCUCAGUCGCCUGGAAAGCGAUAAGGAAUGCCUUGUGCUCCAGGUGAGCGUUUUGACAGACCAGGUUGAGGUGCAGGGAGAACAAAUCAGGGACCUGGAGACGUGUCUAAAGGAACACCGCGAGAAAUUGAACUCUACGGAAGAGUUGCUUCAACAGGAGCUGGUGGGCCGAUCUACUCUGGAGACGCAGAAACUGGAGCUGAUGACUGAGGUGUCCAGCCUCAAGCUAAAGCUGACCGCUGUGGAGAGAGACCGCAGAGAAACCGAGGCUCUGCACCAGGAGGUCAAUGACCUUCGAGUUCGUGUCGUUGACAUGGAGAAUGAGAGGAUACAGCAAGAUAAGAAGCUGAGGGCCAACAAAGAGGAGCUGCUGGACUUGCAGAAACAGCUGGAAGAGAAGGAGGCCGAGUUGAAGAGCCUGCAUGACCAGACACAGCAAGACGUUGCAACCCCAAAAGGUGGCCUGAAUGUAGACAGAGAUAUGGAAGUGCAAAGAAUGAAAAAGGUAAUGGAAUCGGCGAUGGCAGCAGAUGCUGAGAAGGAUCGUAAAAUUGAAGAGCUUCAGCUGUCCUUGACAUGCUUCAAGAAGACUCAGGACAUCAGGGUUAUGUCAGUGCUGGAUAGGAAAGAGAAACUGAGGGAGGACACUGGAGCGGGGAGCCUUGGCGAUAUCGCCGCCUCGGUUGCCGUGGAGAUGAAGACAUCCUCCCCGGGAGGUGUGGAGGAGACGGAUGAGCCCCAGCUGAUUCCGUGCACGGAACUCUUGGAGUCGGAGUUAGUUUAUAUGGCGGCAGCCAAGGCCGCCACCCCAGCUGAGCAGACCAGCGAGCCAAAGGCACAAGGGACCCCAGAGAGCUCUUCGGACGGUUCUUUGUCAAGGAGCGCGGAUCGUGUUACCAAGGCACAAGAGGAAGAACAGCGGCUAAAGAGCAGCUCAGCAGCCAAAGCUAGCCCCACAGAGGGAGAGGGCUUUGGGUCAAAGAAAGCUCGAUCCUCUUUUGGAAGAGGAUUCUUCAAAAUCCGAGGAGGCAAGAGGACUGCUAGUGCCCCUAACUUAGCUGAGACCGAGCGAAAGGGGACUGACCACCUGGACUUGGCAGGAGCACCAAUUCACAAGUCACAAGACAGAGAGACCAGACAGGCAGCACCUGCAUUCACAGACACCAAGAAGAAGCACAAGGGACUGAGAAAGUUCUUUGGGAGACUCAGGAGAAGUCAGUCCACGUCCUUCAACCUGGAUGAUGCUGCAGAGGGGGAGUUCAGGAGGGGCGGCGUCAGAGCCACUGCAGGUCCUCGCCUGGGUUGGUCACGUGACCUGCAGCAACAGGGCAACAGUGAACUAGACACCCCAUUUGCGCGCUGGACCAGGGAGCAGGUGUGUGGCUGGCUGCAGGAGCUGGGUCUGGGCAUGUACACGCCUCAGGCCCAACACUGGGUCCAGUCGGGCCAGACGCUGCUGCAGGCCUCUCAGCACGACCUGGAGAAGGAGCUGGGGAUCAAGCAUCCGCUUCACAGAAAGAAGCUGCAGUUAACUCUUCAAGCUUUGGGCUCAGAGGAAGAGGAUGCCAAGGGCAAGCUGGACUACAACUGGGUGACCAGAUGGCUGGAUGACAUUGGCCUUCCUCAGUACAAGUCCCACUUUGAUGAGGGGAGGGUGGACGGCCGUAUGCUCCACUACAUGACCGUGGAUGACGUGCUGGGUCUGAAGGUGGGCAGUGUCCUCCACCACCUCAGCAUCAAACGGGCCGUCCAGGUGCUCCGACUCAACCGCUACGAGCCCAACUGCCUCCGCCGCCGGCCAUCGGACGAGAACAACAUCACCCCGGCUGAGAUCUGCCAGUGGACCAACCACCGGGUGAUGGAGUGGCUGCGCUCAGUGGACCUGGCCGAGUACGCACCCAACCUGAGGGGCAGCGGCGUCCACGGAGGACUCAUGGUUCUGGAGCCACGCUUUAACGUAGAGACCCUUGCCCUCCUUCUCAACAUCCCACCUAAUAAGACUCUGCUUAGGCGUCACCUGGCAACCCACUUCCACCUCCUGAUUGGUUCGGAGGCCCAAAGACUCAAGCAGGAGUGUCUGGAAAACCCUGACUACACCUUACUCACUGCCACAGCUAAAGUCAAGCCCAGGAGGCUGUCGUUUGGCAGCUUCGGGACACUGCGGCGCAAGAGGCAGGAGGAGAGCGAGGAGUACAUCUGCCCCAUGGACGUGGAGAUGCCCCAGAGCAGCAGCUUCCACAGGGGCCUGAGGAUCUACGAAGACGAGCUGGACCACCUGGAGCAGAUGGAUGACUCAGAGGGAACUGUGAAACAAAUCGGGGCUUUUUCAGAAGGCAUUAACAACCUCACGAGUAUGCUGAAGGAGGAGGAGUUUUUCAGAGAGGGGUCACCGGACGCCAGUGCCACGGACGACGACAUGUGAACAACACAAUGGCUGUCCUGAACCCCCACCACUACAGUAUACAAAUGACUGGCAGUCCCAGCACUUUGACCACUAAGCAAGCCCAGUGAAAUCACACACACAAACAAACAAACUUUACUCCGUCUGAAUGUGACAGGUUGGGGUUGGGGGUGUUGGUGGGGGGUUGUGAGUAGACUCGUAAAAUUCUUUUCCCCUUAUGGUAAUGUCUCAUGGAAUAUAUCUGAAUGCAGCUCUUACAUCACUAGUGUUGGUAUGGCCCCAGCUUAGAACAGUGUCUCGGUUAGUUUAUUACGUUAAUCUAAUUUACCUCUGUGCUGUGCUGCUUACCAUUCAGUAAGACACUGGGCAACUCAGGUGUCUUAAUCUGAUCUUGUUUGGAUUCAGUGCCAAUGUCAUUUGGCCCAUUGCUCCCUUGGUGUUUCAAAAAGGCCAUUUGUUCAUUUCAUGUCUUCACAAUGUUCAAAUGAAAGUAGCUGUGCAUGCAUAUGAUAUCCUUAUUCAUAUGGACAUGUCAUGUGUCCCCUACUUUUUGUACCUUACCUUUCUAUUUACUACAACAGAAAUAUAUCUCUCAUAUAAUAAAGGACCCAAGGAUGUUUUGUUUUCAUACAGUUUAGACUGUAUAAGAUCUCUGAAGUUAUUUUACCUAAUCUUGAAUCCUUUCAAGCUAUUUACUUUUGACCAAUUGUGCCUUGAGGGUAACAGUGUCUUAACACAAACAUGAUGUGAAAGUCCUAUAAGCCUGUGAAAUAUUUUUAUUUUCACUUUGGAUGCAUUUCAAGCCAAGGAUUUAGCCCAAAUUUCAGUCCGGACUGAAGAAAAAUGGUAUAUCAUAUUGAUCCGUUUUUGCUUUUUACGCUUAUUUUUUUCUAUUACACAGCAAUCAUGGUCUAUGAUACAAAUUCUUUACUUUGAUAGGCAACUUAUCAAUAGUGAUAUUGUUAAGCACAAAAUUUAACUCUUACCAGUCAAAGCUAUGUGUACUGUGUACGAAUGUUUUCUAAGUCAAUAAAGUACUUUCAAAAGAAAAA